AUGUGCGGAGAGGAGACUGGGGAAGCCGCCCACGUCGGGGAUCGCACAGCCAGGGAGACCUGCAAGGCUGGCUUCUCGGAGGAAGACUACACGGCGUUAAUCUCCCAGAACAUUCUGGAAGGAGAGAAGCUGCUCAAAGUCAAGUUCAGCAGCUGCCUGGGCACCCAGGGAACGCAGUACGAGAGCAGCAGCCUGGACUUCCGAGUGGGGGCAGACGGCACGGUCUUCGCUGCCCGAGAGCUGCACAUUCCUGCUCAGCAGGUGGCAUUCACGGUGACAGCUCGGGACCACCAGACAGCGGAGCGGUGGGCUGCCGUGGUGCGACUGCAGGUGGCCCAGACUACGGCCCCACACGCGGGACACAAGGUAAGGCUCUUUUGACUCUUCUCCCCCCAGAAAGGAAAGAAGAGUGCGGUUCUGGAUCUUUCUCAGCCACCAAAUGACAUGCUGCUGCCAUGGCCCCAGAAACCAAACCCCAAUGGCCUUCGAAGACAAAAGCGGGACUGGGUCAUCCCGCCCAUCAACGUGCCGGAAAACUCGCGCGGGCCCUUCCCCCAGCAGCUCGUGAGGAUCCGGUCAGACAAAGACAACGACAUCCCCAUCCGGUACAGCAUCACAGGGGUGGGCGCCGACCAGCCCCCCAUGGAGGUCUUCAACAUCGACUCCAUGUCAGGCCGCAUGUACGUCACACGGCCCAUGGACCGGGAGGAGCGAGCCUCUUACCACCUCAGAGCGCACGCCGUCGACAUGAACGGGAACAAGGUGGAGAACCCCAUCGACCUCUACAUCUACGUCAUCGACAUGAAUGACAACCGCCCCGAGUUCCUCAACCAGCUGUACAACGGCUCCGUGGACGAGGGCUCCAAGCCAGGCACCUAUGUGAUGACAGUCACAGCCAACGAUGCUGAUGACAGCACCACGGCCAACGGGAUGGUGCGCUACCGAAUCGUGACCCAGAGCCCCCAGAGUCCAUCCCAGAACAUGUUCACCAUCAACAGUGAGACGGGAGACAUCGUGACGGUGGCGGCUGGCCUGGACCGAGAGAAAGUUCAGCAGUACACGGUCAUCGUGCAGGCCACAGACAUGGAAGGAAAUCUGAACUACGGCCUCUCCAACACGGCAACAGCCAUUAUCACGGUGACAGACGUGAACGACAACCCGCCAGAGUUCACCACAAGCACGUAUGCAGGGGAAGUCCCUGAAAACCGGGUGGAGACAGUGGUCGCCAACCUCACCGUGAUGGACCGUGACCAGCCCCACUCGCCAAACUGGAAUGCCGUGUACCGCAUCAUCAGUGGGGACCCCUCCGGGCACUUCAGCAUCCGUACAGACCCCAUCACCAACGAGGGCAUGGUCACCGUGGUGAAGGCAGUCGAUUAUGAACUGAACAGAGCCUUCAUGCUCACCGUGAUGGUGGCCAACCAGGCACCACUGGCCAGCGGCAUCCAGCUGUCCUUCCAGUCCACAGCAGGGGUCACCAUCUCCGUCAUGGACAUCAACGAGGCUCCCUACUUCCCCGCCAACCACAAGCUGAUCCGCCUGGAGGAGGGCGUGCCCACUGGCACUGUGCUGACCACCUUCUCCGCAGUGGACCCCGACCGCUUUAUGCAGCAGGCCAUGAGGUACUCAAAGCUGUCGGACCCGGCCAACUGGCUGCGCAUCAACACCACUAACGGGCAGGUCACCACAGCCGCCGUCCUGGACCGGGAGUCCGUCUACAUCAAAAACAACGUCUACGAGGCCACCUUCCUGGCCGCCGACAACGGGAUCCCCCCGGCCAGUGGCACCGGGACCCUCCAGAUCUACCUCAUUGACAUCAAUGACAAUGCCCCCGAGCUGCUGCCCAAGGAGGCACAGAUUUGUGAGCGGCCAGGCCUCAACGCCAUCAACAUCACGGCGGCCGACGCCGACAUCGACCCCAAUGUUGGCCCCUAUGUCUUUGAGCUGCUCUCCACGCCGGCCACUGUGCGGAAGAACUGGACCGUCACCCGCCUGAAUGGUGACUACGCCCAGCUCAGCUUGCGCAUCCUGUACCUGGAGGCAGGCGUGUAUGACGUCCCCAUCAUCGUCACGGACUCCGGGAACCCCCCGCUGUCCAACACAUCAAUCAUCAAGGUCAAAGUGUGUCCGUGUGAUGAGAAUGGCGACUGCACCACCGCGGGCGCAGUGGCGGCAGCCGGCCUGGGCACAGGGGCCAUCGUGGCCAUCCUCAUCUGCAUCAUCAUCCUGCUGACCAUGGUCCUGUUCUUCGUCACGUGGAUGAAGCGGCGGGAGAAGGAGCGGCACACGAAGCAGCUGCUCAUUGACCCUGAGGAUGACGUGCGCGACAACAUCCUCAAGUACGACGAGGAGGGGGGCGGCGAGGAGGACCAGGACUAUGACCUAAGCCAGCUCCAGCAGCCGGAGAGUGUGGAACAUGUUCUCAGCAAGGCCCCUGGGGUUCGGCGGGUAGACGAGAGGCCCGUGGGCGCAGAGCCCCAGUACCCAGCCAGGCCCGUGGUGCCCCACCCGGGGGACAUCGGUGACUUCAUCAACGAGGGCCUGCGUGCCGCCGACAACGACCCCACAGCGCCCCCCUACGACUCCCUCCUGGUCUUCGACUACGAGGGCAGCGGCUCCACCGCGGGCUCCGUCAGCUCCCUGAACUCGUCCAGCUCCGGGGAGCAAGACUACGGCUACCUGAACGACUGGGGGCCGAGGUUCAAGAAGCUGGCGGACAUGUACGGGGGCGGAGACGACGACUAG